AUGCUAAAAGUGCUAAUCCCUACAAUUAUGCUAUUCCCAACAAUUUGAUUAACCUCCCCCAAAUGGCUAUGGACAACCACAACCGCACACAGUCUCCUAAUUGCAUCUAUUAGCCUAAUAUGACUAAAAUGAACCUCAGAAGCCGGAUGAACCUCCUCUAACACAUAUCUAGCCACAGACCCACUAUCAACCCCCCUUUUAGUACUAACAUGCUGACUACUUCCACUCAUGAUUCUAGCUAGCCAAAACCAUAUUAACCCUGAACCAAUCAACCGACAACGCUCUUAUAUUACACUUCUCGCCUCACUACAAACCUUUUUAAUUAUAGCAUUCGGUGCCACAGAAAUCAUUAUAUUUUAUAUUAUAUUUGAAGCUACACUUAUCCCAACCCUCAUUAUUAUUACCCGCUGAGGAAACCAAGCCGAACGACUUAAUGCAGGAACCUACUUUCUAUUCUACACCCUAGCAGGAUCACUCCCACUUUUAGUUGCCCUACUUCUUCUCCAACAAUCAACAGGGACACUAUCGAUAUUAGUACUCCAAUAUUCACAACCCCUUCAACUUAAUUCUUGAGGUCACAUAAUCUGAUGAGCCGGCUGCCUAAUCGCAUUUUUAGUUAAAAUACCACUAUACGGAGUCCACCUAUGGCUGCCAAAAGCACACGUAGAGGCCCCCGUAGCCGGGUCAAUAGUGCUAGCAGCAGUCCUGCUAAAACUUGGUGGGUAUGGAAUAAUGCGCAUAAUAAUUAUACUCGACCCCUUAUCAAAAGAGCUGGCCUACCCAUUCAUUAUUCUAGCCCUCUGAGGUAUCAUUAUAACUGGGUCGAUCUGCCUUCGACAAACAGACCUAAAAUCACUAAUUGCCUACUCAUCUGUAAGUCAUAUAGGACUAGUAGCAGCGGGGAUCCUAAUUCAAACCCCAUGAGGAUUUUCAGGGGCAAUUAUUUUAAUAAUCGCCCACGGGUUGGUAUCCUCAGCACUAUUCUGCUUAGCCAAUACAGCGUAUGAACGAACCCAUAGCCGGACAAUAAUACUCGCCCGAGGACUACAAAUGAUUUUUCCUCUAACCGCAAUAUGAUGAUUCACCGCCAAUCUAGCCAACUUAGCACUCCCCCCGCUGCCCAACCUAAUAGGAGAACUAAUGAUUAUUACAACAUUAUUCAACUGAUCCCCAUGAACAAUUUUACUCACCGGCCUGGGAACAUUAAUUACGGCUGGCUAUUCCCUAUAUAUAUUUCUUAUGACCCAACGAGGCCCGACACCCAACCAUAUUAUAGGACUUCAACCCUUCCAUACCCGAGAACACCUAUUAAUAGCCCUACACCUAAUUCCCGUCAUCCUACUAGUGGCAAAGCCAGAACUCAUAUGAGGAUGAUGUUACU